AUGUUUCGGGAGGUGGCAAAUGACACGGCUCUAGUGACCGAUCCGGAGAUCAAGAAGCAAAUGGAGAAUUUGAAAGUUUGCGCAAGCAACGACAUCAAUUAAGGCCACAUUGAUGCAUCCUCCACACCAUCCUUGUCCUCGUUUUCAAGUACUCGAAAACUGAAAAUAUGCGAGUACUAGCUAGCUGAAAUAACCGAGUAUCUUCUGAGAAGAUUACUCUCUGGGAUACUCGCUUAUUUCAGUUUUUCAACCGAGUAUCUGAGAAGAUUACCCUCUGGGAUACUCGCUUAUUUCAGUUUUUCGAGUAGGAAAAGCGGGCCAGGAUGCGACGGGGGAUCCUAUUGCGGUACCUCUAAAUCAAUGAAGCAACGCUUCAGUCUUUGAACGAGCAGGGCCACGGCAUCGACAUCUACGGCAUCGGAACAAACCUCGUCACUUGCCAGGCACAGCCAGCGUUGGGAAUGGUCUUUUUUUUGUCCUACAAGAUGUUGAACAAGUAGGGGGUUUAGGAGUCAUCUACAGUUGUUCUUAUAGGUAAGGCUAGAAGAAAUCCAUCUUCACAGGCAUCCUGAGGCCGUUUUCAAGGGGAAAAAGGUCCUCGGAUGCGUCUCAAGAUGUUGGAUUUCUCUUAGUUCUGAUAUAGCUACUUAGUUGUUGUUGUUUCUAUAUAACGAUAGUUGGCGUUCCUUAAGAGUCAAACUGUUACCUCAAGUCGAGCCUACUACUCUAGAAGACUUUUUUGAUGUUUGGACACCAAUCGUGACAUGAAAUCAAGUCCUACUUCAACAAAAUCAAUUUCAGGUGUACAAGCUAGUGGAACUGAACGGCGAACCUAGGAUGAAGCUGUCACAGGAGUUUACGAAAGUCUCUGUUCCCUCCAAGAAAAAGAUUUAUCGACUGUAUUCGAGCAAAGAUGAGCCCCUCAUUGAUUUAAUUUACGGCUUCCCCUAAUGCAUCUUCGGAAGCAUCUUGAGGCUGUGCCAUGAGCAGCAACAAGAUGCGUCUCACGAUGGAUAAGGGUGAGCGCUAAUGAAUGCAGCAAGAAAGCGAGCCAGCACCCGUAGCCGGACGAAAAACAUUCUGUCGCCAUUUGUUCGAUGAAACCAAGAGAUGCUACGUACUUACUAAAGAUAUCUAAGGCGUCGAAGUUGAAAUUUGUUACAACAAAAGCGUUUUUAACGUUAAGCUUAACCCUCUGAAGAUGCUUAGGUAGUAUGAAGAAAAUUCAUGUCGUCGGAAAUCAAAAUACAGGUGACCCCCACACGAGUUGAGGAAUUGCUAGUGCAGGUUUGGGGUGAGCAACCUGUGAGACCGAUGUCCCUUAGUGAAGCGCGAACUUUCUCCCUCGAACGCUUAGCAAAAUUCCGCCAGGAUAUUCUGCGACCCCUCUUAUGACUUGGAGAACAAGAUUCAGGCUAGGUUGUUGCUAUUGCAAAUACCUCUUGUUAGGCACAUUCAUUCAUUCAUUCAUUGAAGAGGGCUUUCGUCAUUUUUUUUUUCCAUAGGACUACAUGCUGCCUCCCAUUCGUCACGUGGACUCGGUAUCGCUUCAGUCACCUCUAGUUGCUGUCCACAAAAUAUUAAUCUUCAUCAUCUUGUUCUCGUGACGACCUGGUCCUCAACCUCAUUCACACUAUAAUCAAUGUCCAAAGUCGUCCCACUUUACUUAGUUGUAGAUCCUCGUCGCUCCUCCUCAUCCUCAUUCCCUGUACAAGAUGAAUUAGAAGAUGAAGAUGAAUUAGAAGAUGAACCGCACCGCUUCGCCAUUCCAAACUUUGCGUGAGAUCCAUCGUGUGUAACAUCUAUGACGCCCUUGAGGUAGUCUGCGCUGAAUUUUGUGCGAGAUCAAUUGUAUUGUAUGAUAAUCCUCAUCCUCAUCUUCUAAUCUGGAACCCGACACCGUACAAGCUGGCGGUUUCGGAUCCUUUCUUCCAGUUUUUCAAGAGCAUGUGGCAGCAGAGCGCACCUGUCAAGGAACUUGCUUGAGCCGCUGAAUUUCCAAUGGUCACGUGUGCUGAAUUUCCAAUGGUGAGGUUUCAAUCUGGAACUCCAUUCCUUGGUGCUGAAUUUUGCCGGCUUUUCACUUGUUGUGUACAACCAAGUAGGUUCUUCUUGUUCUCCUUGUGUACUUAAUUGUGUAUAAAGACGUGCAGCGAUUUCUGCUACAUAUUUUAUAAAUAUGAUGUGGGGAGCGGUACUUUUACCGUCUUCAAUCUAGCACUGUGACUUUCCUCUUUCUCUCUAGAAAUUAGACAGGGCCCCGAGUCAGUAAUUACUGUAUAAAUACAGGUACGGGUACGGCACCUAUUGUUCAACCAACCUAUUCAACUUGAUGAUGAACAACCAUAAUCUGGCAACAAUAGAAUAGCGCAGAAAAUUAUAUGCGCCGAUGCUAUUGUUGAGAUUUGUUCCCCAUUCAAACUAUAUAUUCAACAAACUAUUGCUAUUGUUCAUUCAAACUGAAAUUUAAAUUUAUAUUUUCCAAGCAUGUACUAGUUGAUGUGAGUACAAUGUGACUCUACCCGUGCUUGCAACUCUUCUAUUUUCAAGAGUGUCGAUACUUUGUCAUUGACUACUUGGAACUGACGUGAUCUAAGACACACGAUUCAGGUAAUCAUUGGUUACCUUGAUCAUGGUGCUACAGGUCCCCUCCGAGUGAUCGUCAUUCAUUGUCACUUCAUUUAUAUUAUGAGGAUUCAGGGUGGCAUCGCAUAGUCUAGGGGCUGGCAUGCUUGCCAGUGAUAGACUCCAUGGAAUGGAAAAUCUGCAUGAGUUGUCAGAGUGUCCUGAACGAUAGGAUGGAAUUUUGCACAGUGACUUUACGGGAGAAGAGGUACAGCUCACAGUGAUCAACAUGAUAUCAUGUGGAGGUUCCGUACGAGAGUUCUUCUAGAGCGAUUCACCUUGGUCGGACUAUGAUCUGUUCAUUGAGGUAUGAUAGGG